AUGUUGCGAAAGAACAUGAUAGAGGUGUUGGUUCGAGGGGCCCUGAAUCCUCCUCUUCGUCUGUCCUCCAUAUUUCUCCGAUGCCACUCCACCUCGGCCACAGACCACCACCAUGCAGAGCUGGCCAGGGAAAGAUCCAAGACCGUCACUUCCUUCUACAACCAGUCCGGCAUUGACCUGGCAGCGGAGAAGCCGUCCGUGCGUCUGACCCCCACCACCAUGCUGUACUCGGGUCGCUCUCAAGAUGGCAGUCACAUUCUGAAAAGCGCAAGAUACUUGCACAAGGAGCUCCCUGCCCGCAUCGCUCACAGAAUUAAAGGAUUUCGCAGCUUGCCCUUCAUCAUUGGCUGCAACCCCACCAUCCUACAUGUGCAUGAGCUAUACAUCCGCGCUUUCCAGAAGCUGAGCGAGUUCCCGCCGAUCACAGACCACGAGGUGGAGAGCCAGUACUGCAAACUGCUCCGGCAGCUCCUGGAUGACCAUAAGGAUGUGGUGACCCAACUGGCUGAGGGGAUGAGAGAAAUCCGCAAACACAUCCAGGACGAGAAGGUGAUCCGAUUCUUCUUGGAUAAAACAUUGACGUCUCGCCUGGGUAUUCGGAUGCUGGCCACUCACCACCUGUCUCUGCACGAGGACCGGCCAGAUUUUGUGGGGAUCAUCUGUACCCGUCUGUCCCCCAAGAAGAUAAUUGAGAAGUGGGUGGAUUUUGCCAGACGUUUGUGUGAACACAAGUAUGGGAACGCCCCUCGGGUUCGAAUUAAUGGUCAUGUGGCAGCGCGCUUCCCCUUCAUUCCGAUGCCACUGGAUUACAUCCUUCCAGAGCUGUUGAAGAACGCCAUGAGGUCCACCAUGGAGAGCCACCUCGACACCCCCUACAAUGUCCCCGAGAUCGCCAUCACCAUUGCCAAUAAUGACAUUGAUCUGAUCAUCCGGAUAUCUGACCGAGGAGGUGGAAUCCCCCACGAUCACCUGGAGAAAGUGAUGGAUUAUCAUUUCACCACGGCAGAGGCCAGCACUCAGGACCCCCGCAUCAACCCCAUCUUCGGCAAUAUGGUGGACAUGGUGAACAGCGGGCAGUCUGGGCCCAUGCACGGCUUUGGUUUUGGCCUGCCGACCUCCCGAGCCUACGCCGAGUACCUAGGUGGUUCCCUCUGCAUCCAGUCUCUUCAAGGCAUUGGAACAGACGUGUACCUGCGCAUCAAACACAUUGACGGAAAGGAGGAGAGCUUCCGCAUCUGA